AUGGGACAGGUGAUAAGGGCGGCCAUGGUCAGCGCGAGCGAGAUAAUUGGCAAGCGGAUAGCGGUAGAAGCGACCGGAAGCCAUCGCCAGUGCCUGCAGCGCCCAAGCAAAGACGCCGUUGCUGAGGCCAAGCUCGCUGAAGCUAAAUCCAAACUCGCCGCAGCUGGUGGUCAGCUACUCAACGCUGACAACUCGGCCAUAACCGAGAAAGAUCUUGCUUCGGUUGUGGAAGAUGACGAGGCAGCGGGGCAGCUUGCUCGGGCAAUAGACAAAACGGACGCGUUGCAGCAGGAUGAGGUAUGGCACUUCUUCCAGGAUGGUGACACUCGGCCCGCUGAGCGGACCUUUCCAAACAAGAGUCUGCCGCCUGAACCGUGGGCGAUGAUGUUAAAGAGCCCGGAAACACGGGAACAGGCCUUUACCUCAGGCUGUGUGCAGAUGAUUGCGGCUACUAAAGCACUACCAGAAGAGUUGAUGAUAUGGAUGAUGGAUGAACUACUUUACCAAACAAGGGAAGACCUCACUCAUGCAUAUCUAAGGGCACUCCAAUCGUGCGGAACGAGAGCCAGCGCAUGCCUGACUCCUAGCCGGUUAUACCAGCUCUUCCGUGACCUGGGCGCAAAGCAGGAAGCCAUAAAUUCGAGCGGCAGCUUAACACCAUCACGUCAAUCGGAUGACACGCUCAAUCCGCCCCUUCCGUCAGGGCUCAGAUGGGUUCUCGAUCUCUUGCGGAUAUUAGCGACCAGCUUCACGGAUGAAACGCGCAGCGCCGCUUUGAGCAUCGCUCUACGGCUAUGCUUCGACAUCAGUGUUCUAGCAGAUGGCCGUAUCCAGCACUCCGUUCAAGAGGCCAUUAGCGCGCUGAUCGAUAGUAUACCUGGCACGCUUGCUGAAGAGACUCUCCACUCAGUCGCCCUGUCCAUCUUCACCACCCUCAAACCUCCUAUACUCCGCCUCCGCCUCGCCACAGCGCUCCCCACCCACUCUCCUCGCCAGGCAAAGCUCGCCCGCCGCCUCGCCCUUGCGUCCUUCAUGAACGACCCCCGCUUCCUCACCUACUCCCUCAUAGAACCGAAGCUCAGCUGCACAGUGACGCGCUACCUCCUAAAAUCGCGCUCCUUCCGCAUCGACCGAAAGACCGACUACCUCGCCCUCGCCGCGAAGAUCGACCUGCUCGACCUCGCGCUCGGCACCGGGUUCUCCGAUUUCAAUUUUUUCGGGCUGUCCGCCGCGCCCUCGACAACGGGUCAAGCGACGCGGAUGAAGCGGGACCCGGAAAGCAAGGCCGCGGAAGCGACCUUCAAUGCCGAUGUCGACGCGCUGGAGCAGCAGCUCAAACUCAUCGAGAAUAUGAUUGUGAGUGCCGGGGCCGAGUAUCUGAAUAAGAUCCAGGCGAAGAACAGUAUUGAGCGGCUGUGCUCGAGGUUGCGGAAUACGGUUCGGACGGUCGAGUGGAGCGGGGAGGAUGUUUUUGCGGGGAGUGUGGGGAGUAGUGCGGUCAUGCAGAGGUGGGUGGGGAGGGGGAGGGGGAGGGACGUGGAUGGUGGAGGCGAGGCGGGUAGGGAGGCGAAGAGGAAGUGGGAUGCGGUUGAUGGUGUUGAGGAGGUGCGCGGGUUGAAAGGUGUUAUAGGAGCGGUGUGA